GACAUCAAGCAAGCUAGGAACAAGGGAAGGGAGGGGAAAAAACUGUAGGAUCUCCCCCGACAACAAAAGAAGAAGAAGAGAAAAGGAUGGCGAUGGCGAUGCGACGUCGGGUGUCGUCGUGAGCGCAGCCCUCCCUCGCGAUCCACCUACCCCGCCGCCGGUAAGCCUCCACCUCCGCCAUUCCUCCCCCCACCCAAACCCUAGAUCCACACCCUCCUCUCCGCCCCCGAGAUCUCCUCGAUCCCGUCCGCGAUUCCACGCCGACAUGGCUGACCCCUUCGUCGCCGACGACCAGACCGACGCCGACUUCUUCGACAAGCUCGUCGACGACGACGACGACCUCUCCCCCGCCCCUGCCCCUGCCCCUGUUCCCGCCCAACAGUCGGCGGAGGCGGCCUUGCUUCCAGCUCUUUCCGACCUCAGCCUCGCCGACGAUGACACAGACCCUUCCCCGGCUCCUCCUCCCGUCGAGGCCCCGCCGGAGGGUGCCUCACCGGAGUCGGGGAAGGGCGCCGUCCACACAACGGUCAAGCAGGUCCAGUGGGCCUCAUUUGGAGGCGCCGCCGACGAUGGGGCUGAUCCGUUCAGUGAUCUGUCUGGAGGCGCCGCUGAUGACGGAUUUCUCGGGACCAUGGCCGGGAACCAGAGCUUCCAGACCUCCGUCAUUGGGAGCGUGGGGGCAUCAGCUCACGGGAUCUUUGGCGGGAGCCAGAGCUUGACUGCCGAGGUGACAGAUCAGGAUUUUUUCGGUGGUACCUCCGAUCAGAACACCGAUACCCAGCAGCAGCAGCUGGAGCAGAGCGGAAGCAGUGCUUUCGACUCCACAGAUCCCAAGUAUUUGGAGAGCAUUUAUCCUGGGUGGAAAUACGACGAGGCGACACAGCAGUGGUACCAAGUUGACAAUUCUGAUACGCACGGUAACGCCACCCAGGUGGACACCAGCACUGAGAAUAUCCAGCAGCAGCAGCUUGCCGCUUCUUACAUGCAUAAUCCGACACAGUCAUCGCUAGAGACAAUUGCGGAGGAGGGUACGACGACAGGGAGUGUAUCGACAUGGGGACAGGGUGGCACCUCGGAGUACCCACCAAACAUGGUAUUUUACGCCGAGUACCCAGGCUGGUACUUUGAUACCAACACACAGCAGUGGCAAUCGCUUGAGUCGUACCAGCAGGCAGUGACAGCUAGUGCUGUUCAGGAUGGAGCAAACAAUGGUGUCGUUGCCUCUUCUGCUGAGACAAAUUAUAGCGUCAAACAAACCGAAGAUCUUCCUGCCCACAAUCAGGUGGCCCAACAUAACUCUUUCUCUAAUAACUAUAGUUAUCAGAGCCAGUGGCAGACAAAUUCAUUUAGUAACUCUAUGCAACCUGAAAGUGCAACAGCUAGUCUGCCAGAUAGUUUCCAGAGCCUUGGUCAGCAUGCUAUUUCUGAAUCUUUCAAUUCCUCUACAAAUAGUCAAGUUAGUUUUAACACCGCUGAAACCGCUACAAGCCAUUAUGGCAACGUGAACUUAGAUUCGUCAAGUACUCAGGGUGGCUACACCGCAAGUGGUGGUCAACAAACUGGUUACAAGGGCUUCGAACCUUUCACAGGUCAUCAGGCUGGUUACAAGGGGUUUGAACCUUCUACAGGCCACCAGACAAGUCAUAAGUUAUUUGAUCCAUCAGCAGGUAACCAAAACAGUUACAAGCCAUUUGAACCUUCCACUGGUCACCACCAGCACAAGGGGUUUGAGCCUUCCACAAAUCACCAGGGUGAUUACAAGGCAUUUGAGCCAUCCACACAUAACCAGGGUGGUUACAAGGGAUUCAGUCCUUCCACAGUUCAGCAGCCUGGUUACAAGGGAUUUGAAGCUUCUACAGGCCUUCAAACUAAUUUCAAGGGAUUUGAACCUUACUCAGGUCAACAGGCUGGUUACACGGGAUCCCUACCUUCUACAGGCCACCAGUCUAGUUACAUGGGGUUUGAGACUUCUUCAAACCAGGGUUAUGGUGAUGCCAACAAUGUUGCAAAUAGUCAAGGCUUUGUUCCGAUGGAGAGCAUGUACGGAAGCCAUAAUCAAGCUCAUACAAACCCCCAAGUGCCUUUGUCAAACAGUUAUCUCAGUGUUGAUAACUCCAAGAAUUUCUCUCAGCAACAAUUUCUUGGUCCAAAUGCUUCACACUUGCAAUUUGGGCAGUCCCCACAUGAAGAGAGGUCAUCAGCUGGACGUCCACCACAUGCUUUGGUUGCUUUUGGGUUUGGAGGCAAGCUUAUACUUAUGAAAGAAACCAACUCAAUGGCCACAAACUAUGACUCUGGGAAUCAGGGGAAUUCUAGUGGCACAGUAUCAGUUCUUAAUUUAUCAGAGGUGGUCACGGACAAAGCUGAUGCUUUAAGCGCCAGUAACGGUAGCGCACUUAGUUAUUUCCAUGCUUUAUGUCGUCAACCUGUUCCCGGCCCUCUUGUUGGGGGAAGCGCUGCAUCAAAGGAUGUGAACAAAUGGCUUGAUGACAUGAUUGCACUGUAUGAAUCAUCGACUAGUGAAUUCCAGAGGGGUGAUCCUCGCAAGUUGCUUAUUUCUUUGCUGAAGAUACUAUGCCACCACUAUGGGAAACUGCGUUCACCUUUUGCUUCUGACCCAUCACAUGAGGACACAGACGGUCCAGAAAUGGCAGUAACUAAGCUCUUUUCAUCUUGUAAGAGAAGUAGCUUUCAAAUGGGCGAUUUCGGAUCCCAUGUCCGUUGCAUGAAGAAUAUUCCCUCUGAAAAUCAGAUGCAGGCUGUUGCACAAGAGGUCCAAAAUCUUCUAGUUUCUGGGAGAAGAAAAGAGGCCCUUCAGUGUGCCCAAGAAGGUCAACUGUGGGGGCCUGCAAUUAUACUUGCUUUGCAACUUGGUGAUAAGUUUUACGUCGAUACUGUGAAGAAAAUGGCCCACUGCCAUUUUCUAUCUGGGUCACCUUUGCGAACAUUGUGCCUUCUCAUUGCUGGACAACCUGCAGAUGUUUUUAAUGCAGACAACAACAUCAGUAGCAAUUAUGGUUCUCAACAGCCUAUGGAGCCUAGUCCUAAUGGCAUGUUGGAUGACUGGGAGGAGAAUUUGGCUAUCAUAACUGCAAAUAGGACAAAAGGUGACGACCUAGUUAUUACCCAUCUUGGAGAUUGCCUUUGGAAAGAGAAAAAUGAGGUUGCAGCUGCUCAUUCGUGCUAUUUAGUUGCUGAGUUAAAUAUUGACCCUUACUCUGAAAGUGCAAGGUUAUGUCUCCUUGGUGCAGACCACCUUAAGUGCCCUCGAACUUUUGCCAGCCCUGAAGCCAUUCAGAGGACAGAGAUUUAUGAAUAUGCGAAGGUGCUUGGUAAUUCUCAAUAUAUCCUGCUACCCUUUCAGCCAUAUAAGCUGAUAUAUGCAUACAUGCUUGCGGAAGUGGGAAGGGUUGCUGAUUCUUUGAGGUACUGUCAAGCAUCUAUGAAGGUGCUGAAAGCCUCUGGCCGUGCCCCAGAAUUGGAAGCAUGGAAGCAAUUAUUUUCCACCCUGGAGGACAGGAUACGCACUCACCAGCAGGGUGGAUAUGGCACAAACCUUGCCCCUGCAAAAUUAGUUGGAAAGAUUUUCACCUCACUCGAUAAAUCUAUAUCGCGCAUGAUGGGUACACCUUCUGCUCCACUUCCGCCAUUGCCACAGGGUGCUGUUAGUGAUAGGGAGAGUUACACUGCACCUGGGGCUACAAAGUUUGCAAAUAGCCAAUCAGUAAUGACCAUGUCAUCGUUAAUGCCAUCUGCAUCAGUGCAGUCUAUGAGUGAGAUGUCAGAUAGUGGCAGGAAGAUUGCACACAACAGAAGUGUUUCUGAACCGGACUUCGGCAGAACCCCGAAACAGGGUGCUGGAUCGGACAGCACACAGAGUACUGCUCCAGGAUCUGGUAGUUCACGCUUUGGUUGGUUAGGCUCCACACUACAGAAGACAAUGGGAUUUGUUUCAAAAUCCCACCGGCAGGCUAAAUUAGGGCAACAAAACAAGUUUUACUAUGACGAAAAGCUAAAGCGAUGGGUGGAGGAAGGUGCUGAGAUUCCUGCCGAGGAGCCUCCUCUCCCUCCACCUCCAUCAAAACCCUCAUUCCAGAAUGGUGUGGUAGACUAUAAAUUAAAUGGCCCCAUGAGUGCAAGUCAUACUCCCAAUGGAUUCAUGGAAGGGAAAUCUUCAACUUCUUCAGAGCAUGGUUCGGGAAUGCCACCAAUUCCGCCAAGCCAGAACCAGUUUUCUGCCCGUGGACGGAUGGGUGUCCGGUCCAGAUAUGUGGACACAUUCAACAAGGGUGGAGGAGGAGGAGCAGUCCCAUCCUAUAACAAGCCAGCUGUUGCAUCUGUGACACCACCCAGUGGUGCCAAAUUCUUUGUGCCCACUGCGGCUGUUGUUGCUGCAGAGCAGAUGCCUAACCAAACAGCGGAAACACAUGGUGAAACCUUCCGUCCAGAUGAGCGUUCAUCCCCAGCUGAAACGUCAUUUUCUUCACCCCCACCAGCAACACAAUUUUCAGCACCACUGAUGGUGCCUACCAUUCAGCGGUAUCCGAGCAUGGAUAACAUCACUACCCCGAACAAUGGAUCCGGAUUAUCAUCGGGAAGUAACAGCAGCUCAUUCUCAAGAUCACGAGCAGCAUCGUGGAGUGGAACUUACUCUGAACAAAUUAAUGCUGUGGCAGGUGCUAGAUCUCCUGACCAGCAGACCAUGCCAUCGCCCCUCAUGCCUGGGAAGCAGUCACAUAGUCGUUCCAACAGCAACUCAUCUGUUCAGUUCAACAGUUUGACAGAGGAUCUUCAUGAGGUUGAGCUCUGAUAUGCUGCGACUGCUCAGUAUGACCCAUGAUUUUAUAGAAACAACCUGGGUAAAAUACCUUGAUCCUCUCAGCAAACCCCCUAGAGGAGGGAGGGAGGGAGGGAGGGAAAAAGAGAGGAAAUGUUUUACAGUAAAUGAAGGGAAUGCCACAAGUGAAAUGGAUAUCUCCUGUCUUGCACAAAGUUGUGGGAUGGGGAAGUAAAGCAAGGUGUGCCCGCCCUGUACUCGUACAAACAGUUGUUUUUUUGGGAGAUUUUGUAGGUAUUGUUGGUUAUUAUGGGUUUAGAGAAGGGGAUAAAGAGUCGGAUGUCCUUUUUUACAUGUGAGAAGCAGAGAGCAUGUGGACACCAUUGUACAGAUAAUCCACCCCAGCCCAGCCCCAGCCCUGCCCCCAUAUUAUAAUUCAUUGAAGACGCAGAGAAUUGGGAAUUCAUCCGCCCCACAUCCUUUUUUGUCAUUGUAUUAUUAUCAUUUUUUUUCUUCAUAAUUUUGGAGAAGGAUAGAAGAGAGGGAGAGGUCAAGAUGUGUCUGGAUAUUCUAGUGUAAGAAAGAAGAAAGCUUUUGACUGCGUAGAGUGUUGUUAUACUUACUGUAAUGUUCCUAUACCAUGAUGAUGAUAAUAUUAUUCUUUGGAGUCGACCGAUGGAUCAAUCAAUACUGGAGUAAGUAGCA